AUGGUCUCGAUAAACAGCCCGCGCAGCAAGUAUUGCAUGCAGGAGGACGACAAACCCAUCGAUCCUCGCAGCCUCGAGUGGGACGGCCCGCUGGACAUGGACAACCCGCACAACUGGCCCGUGUGGCGCAAGUGGUUCACGACCAUGACCGCGGCUAUCCUGUGCCUCGUCGUCACGAUGGGGUCCUCGCUGUACGUCACUGGUGUUCCUGAAAUGGUGCAAAGAUACGGCUACAGCCAAACGCUGGCGUUGGCUGGCCUCACCUUCUACUUGCUGGGUCUCUCCACGGUGAUCGGGGCUCCACUUUCCGAGGUUUUUGGUCGGAAACCUAUUUACCUCAUCUCUUUGCCCAUGUCCAUGCUUUUCACCAUGGGUGUAGCGCUGUCGGGGGGCAAAAUGCGCGUUGUUUUGCCCGUUCGGUUUUUCUCCGGUGUUUUCGCCUCUCCAGCUCUGUCGGUAGCGUCCGGUACCAUCGUUGAUAUUUGGGACAUGGACGAAAUUUCCAUUGCCAUGUCUCUUUUCUGUCUCGCCCCUUUCCUAGGUCCUGUUAUCAGUCCCGUAAUCGCUGGCUUUGCCACUCAAGCGCAAGGCUGGAGAUGGGCCACAUAUAUCCAGCUGUUUGCCGGCGGGAUCAUUAUGCCAUUUAUCGUGUUCAUGCCCGAAACCCACAAGACAAUCAUUUUGAGAAAUCGUGCCAAAAAGCGUAAGCUGAAUCUCAUUCAACCUUCUGCCCAGGACCAGAAAGAUUUUCUCAAACUAACCAUGACUAUUACCGUCUUCAGGCCCUUUAAGAUGCUCAUGAUCGAACCUACCGUCUUGGUAUUCUCCAUUUACGUCGCUUUCAUCUUCGCGGUGCUGUUCGCGUUCUUUGAGGCCUAUCCAGUCAUCUUCCGCGGUGUGUACCAUAUGGGAUAUGGUGUUUCGGGUCUUGCAUUCAUUGGGAUUGGGAUUGGGCUAUGGAUCGGUUCGCUAUUCUACAUCUUUUACGACCGUCGCUAUUUCUUCCCCGAGGCCCCUGAGGGGACUCAACCAAUGUCGUCUGCUACUUGCAGAAGGACCAGGCCUUUCAGAGGACAUCGGGACCCUAUUACAAACGAGCUGUUACCUCUUAAGCCAGAAAAACUACUUGACAUUUGCAAAAUAGGCUCUGUUGCCCUACCCAUCAGUCUUUUCUGGCUUGGCUGGACUUCGAAAGCCAGUAUCCAUUGGAUGGCGCCUAUGGCUGCCGGCGUGCCUUUCGGGUUCGGUCUCAUCCUCAUUUUCUUCAGCGUUAUCAUGUAUUUUUCCAGCUGCUACCCGCCAUUAUACGUUGCAUCGGCGUUAGCCGCAAACAACUUGCUGCGUUAUGUUACCAGUUGUAUUUUUCCGCUAUUCACCAUUCAAAUGUAUGAAAAGAUGACGAUUGGAUGGGCGAGCUCACUGUUUGGCUUUGUAUGUCUCGCAAUGAUCCCACUGCCGUGGAUCUUUGAAAGAUACGGCGAAGACAUGCGUAAAAGGUCAACAUUUGGGUUCAAUGCCAUGCAACAAGAAGAUCAAGAUGAAAAAUCCAAUAAAUCCAUGUCUGUUCACAAGAUAUCCACUCACAGGGACUCCCAAAUUGACCUCGAUACUGACAAGAAGAGUAUGGAACCUGGAACCGCCGAUGAUGCUGAAUAUCAUUCUAUCCGCAGCCAUGGUAUCCCCAGCACGGCCUCUAAUAUCUCACAGCCAGUUUUGAAAGGAUCAUUUGUGUAA